CUAAAGAGUAAAGAAACUUCUCUCCCUUGUCUUGUCUCCUUCUCUCUCUCUUUCUCUCUUUCAAAGCUAAUAAAUACAACAUUUGCAUCUAACGUUUCUCUAACACAAAAACAUGCACUCGAUCAGCUCUUUAUUAUAUCUGACCUUCCUCGCCGUCUUCACCGUCUCUUUCGCCGGCGGCGAGAGGUUCAAAGAAGCUCCAGAGUUCUUUAACUCCCCGGAGUGUCUCACCAUCGAAAACGACUACGACUUCGUGUGUUCGGACAAAGCCAUCCACGUGGCAAUGACCUUAGACGCGGCUUACCUCCGUGGCUCAAUGGCCGUGAUUCUCUCCGUUCUCCAACACUCUUCUUGUCCUCAAAACAUUGUUUUCCACUUCGUAACUUCGAAACAAUCGCACCGACACCAAAACUACGUCGCUUCUUCUUUCCCUUACUUGAAAUUCCGGAUCUACCCUUACGACGUAGCCGCCAUCUCCGGCCUCAUCUCAACCUCCAUACGCUCCGCGUUAGACUCUCCGUUAAACUACGCAAGAAACUACCUCGCCGAGAUACUCCCCACUUGCCUCUCACGUGUUGUAUACCUCGACUCAGAUCUCAUACUCGUUGACGACAUCUCUAAGCUCUUCUCAACGCAUAUCCCUAACGAUGUUGUUUUAGCCGCGCCUGAGUAUUGCAACGCUAACUUCACAACUUACUUUACUCCGACGUUCUGGUCAAACCCUUCUCUCUCCAUAACACUCUCCCUCAACCGCCGUCGUCCGCCUUGUUACUUCAACACCGGGGUGAUGGUCAUAGAGUUAAAGAAAUGGCGUGAAGGAGAUUACACGAGGAAGAUCAUAGAGUGGAUGGAGCUACAGAAACGGAUCAGAAUCUACGAGUUAGGCUCUUUGCCACCGUUUUUACUUGUCUUCGCCGGGAACAUAGCUCCGGUGGAUCACCGGUGGAACCAACACGGUUUAGGAGGAGACAACUUCAGAGGACUGUGCCGUGAUUUGCAUCCAGGUCCAGUGAGUUUGUUGCACUGGACUAAUAAAUACAACAUUUGCAUCUAA